AUGAAGACGAAUAUCUUUUCCUCUAUCUUGCUGCUUCCUUCUUCGGUGCUCGUGCUAGCUACACCGAUGAAGGACCACAUGCACGCAAUUCGUGCACCCUCCAUGUCGUCAUCCAGUUCUUCAUCCGCAACUCCAUCCGGAACAAAGACAAGCUGCGCACCAGGCGGCUACAUGUCCGCCUUGGGCGACUUUGACCUCCAACUCCCCAUCGCAGCCUCCAGCGGUGGAUCUGCCGAACAAAUAUCCGCAACAGCUGUUGCCGGCUGUAGCGGCUACCAGAAUCCAGACUGGUUCUACUGGAACACGGCCAGCUCGUACCUUGUGAUGAAAGCACCGCCGACCAGCACGCCCUGCGCCAAAACAUCAGGCAGCAAGCAUUGCCGCACCGAGCUCCGCGAGGCAGACCCGUCGAGUUGGAGUCCCUCCGGGACGAACACGAUGACCGUCAAGCUUAAGGUUGCGCAGGCCGAUGACGGCGAUUACGGCACUGUCAUCGGGCAGGUGUUUUCGGCAAGUUUUUCAAAGCCUAUCAUAGAGCUCUACUAUAACCCGCAGGGGGUUGUUACUGUCGGCCUGGAAACGACGACUGCGGGAGGAGAUGAGAACUUCACGAAGAUUGGAACGAUUCCGGAGAAUACCGUCUUUACGUAUGAGUUGAACUACUCAAAUGAUGAGCUCACGGUGUCUCUUAACGGAGGGACGGCCAACCAUUUCUCGGUUACGCCGUUAGGUACGCCGGAUGCUUACUUCAAGGCUGGUGACUAUAAUCAGGGGGAUAACGUGGCUAGUGAGGUUGAUAUCUACUCUAUUGACGUGGUGCACUCCUGA